UCGUUUUCCUACAACAGGAACUGAAAAAUUGGCUGGACUCAGCGGACCACGGAUUAGUAUACUUUACGUUAGGCUCGUUGAUGGCCAUUGAAACCCUACCAAGGGAGGCCCUGCUAGCGUUUUACGCAUCGUUCGCAAAAAUCGCACCGGUUAAGGUCCUAAUGAAAUGUUCGAACACUACCAAACUGCCUCCCGGUUUACCGAGCAACGUGAUGACGCUACCCUGGAUCCAACAGAUUGCUGUAUUGAGGCAUAAAAAUACACGGGUGUUCAUAACGCACGGCGGCCUUAUGGGAACCCAGGAGGCGUUUUACUACGGAAUUCCCAUGAUAGGGAUACCUGUGUUCGCGGACCAGAUAAAGAACGUAAGGAUAUUGGUGAACAAAAAUAUGGCCUGCAUGUUGAACCCCGAUAACAUCAAUGAAGAAACCGUGGACGCAGCCUUGAACGCUCUUCUCAAGGAUCCCAAAUACAGGUGAC